GGCAGGAAAGAGCUAAAGUUGGAGGUCGUCUGCCUAGACUGCCAGACCUGGGUGGUGAUUAGUCUAUGCCUGCUUGGACCGCUGGCCAGUCAGUCUGGACAGAUAGCAGUGAGGAACAAGGCAGAAGGACAAAUUCAAAAAUAGAGUAAAGUGCGGAGAUUGGAAGUGUGUGGUUGAUUCCGAUUCACUAUGAGUGGUGUCACACCCUCUACGGGUCCUUCCCGGCCCGCUUCGGCCGGGGGAUCGCCCUGUAUGGGCCUGAAUCUCCGGGUCACGGGCUACUGCAAUCAAGGCGGCCGGAAAUAUAUGGAAGACGUUUUCAGUGUGGCUUACCAGCAAACCGAGGACGAAUUGGACCUCGAAUACGCCUUCUUUGGCAUAUUUGAUGGCCAUGGAGGCCGAGAGGCUGCGGCCUUUGCCAAGGAGCAUUUGAUGGAGUUCAUUGUGCGACAGAAGAGCUUCUGGUCUUCGGACGACGAAAGCGUGUUGCGCGCCAUUCACGAUGGAUUCGUCCAAACUCAUCAAGCGAUGUGGAAAGAAUUGGAAAAAUGGCCAAAGACAGCCUCUGGACUGCCUAGCACGGCCGGAACUACGGCAUCGAUUGCUUUCAUUCGGCGAGGCAAGAUUUACAUUGGUCAUGUGGGCGAUUCAGCCAUUGUAUUGGGGCAGCAAGAUCCCGCCGACCCAAACAAUUGGGUAAGCCAACCCCUAACGCGGGAUCACAAGCCCGAGUCAGAUGAAGAAACCAAGCGAAUCGUUCGCUGUGGGGGCAAAGUUAUUUCCAAAAGCGGUGUUCCUCGAGUCGUAUGGAAUAGGCCGAGAACUGGUCACAAGGGUCCGGUUCGUCGCUCCACUCACAUCGACGAGAUCCCAUUUUUGGCCGUGGCCAGGUCCUUGGGCGACCUGUGGAGUUACAAUUCAGAAGAGGACGUCUUUGUUGUUUCUCCUGAACCUGAUACUUUUGUGUACCCGAUUGAUAUGGACAAGCAUAGAUGCCUGAUCCUUGGGACGGAUGGCGCAUGGAACAUGCUCUCUCCAGCACAGGCAGUUCGAAUUGUAUGCGAGGCUGAAAAAUCCAAUUCCCAGCACAUUCUCAACCCAUCACGUCAGUGGAUCAAUCCUAGUAAGAAAUUAGUCGAUAAGGCCAUCGAACGGUGGAAUGGCAACAAUCUGAGAGCUGACAAUACGAGUGUAGUCACGGUCAUGUUAGAUCCUCCUGGAACCCCCAAAGCUGAGAUAUUGAUGAGACAGAGAGAGCUUGCUCAGCAGUUGAAUGUAGCUGGUAACCCUCUGAUUGGUGAUACGGCAGCGGCAGGAAUCAACAACCAGCAACUCGAUGCGAAUCGCGGGUCCGUGGCUUUGGUGACCAACACCACACCCGAGGAACCUAUGUCAGUGGAUCCAACCCCUCCUGAACCCGCAGUCCAACCCACGCCAGCGCCCCCUUCCCAUAAUCCCGCUAUUGCUCCUCAAGUUGUUGCUCCUCCCGCCAACGUUUUGGAGAAAGCGAACUCGACCAAAAUCAUUUCGAGAAGUCCCAAGUCGAAAGCUCAAGGUCAGAACCUGGUGAAUCCACCUCAAACAACCAAUAGCUCAAGUCGCCAGCCCGCCAUGGUGUCUUCCAACAAAAAAGCCCCGCGAAUCAUUCACGACUUCCAACGAUCGUCCAAUGCACGCAAGCCUCUUAAUCAGAAAUCCACAUCCCAGCUUAACAGACUCAGUGAUUCCAGAGUCGACAGCACCACCACGAAAUCCAGUAGUCAGAACCAGGGUGAGCUCAGCCGCGGGGCUCGCUUUGCGUCCACGGCGUCGCUGCCCAGGGAAGAGGAUGCUAUUCAGUGCAACGAAAUAUCUUCUUCGGAUGACGAUUCACCCGCCGAUCCGCUGAAGAAGACACGGGCCCGAAAUGCCUCGGCCAAGAAGUUAAGUCGGGAAUUGAACAACCUUCAAUUGGAUAGUCCACUCUUCAGUAACGGAGCAGUGUUGAGCACAUCACGGCGAAAUCGGCGUCGCACCCGAUCCGAGGACAACCACAGCGACGCUGAAAAUCUCGAAAGUCAAGAUAGGACCAAUCGCGAAACCCGUCAAUCUGCCACUGCCGAUGUGGAGGCACGGUGCCAUCAAUUAAAAGCGCGAAUCAAGAACAUUGAGCGCAAAGUGUCCAAGCGAACCGUUCAGCUAACACAUGAGGUGCGGAACCUCCAGUCAGAUCUUGCAAGUGGGUGGAUCUUGCCCACGAGUCGUGGCUCAAGUCCCACUAAAGAUCAGCAGUCCCACUUCCUCCGCUCACAACACAGUCCUUCAAAACCGUCACAAUCGCAACCCACUCCCCGAUCUCUCCGACCAAGAACGCCCACCAAAACGCACAGAUCUAUAAGCACCCCCUCUUUAUCGCUAAGGAAACGCAAACGCUUGCUAGAUGCGGCGGAGGGUGCGGCAUCUCCCGCGAAAUCUCCCAAAACAACCUAUGGUACGAGUGGUCGCGUGAAGGGAGCUAAACCUGUGAUCACCAGAUCAAAGACGGCCCGAGUGUUGACCCUGAAGAAAUAGGAUAUCCUCCGCUUAGAGCAAGAUGAAGAGGUCGAGUAGAGCCCAGGAUUUAUCGGACAACUCGCUCGUCCUUGUGAAGACUGUGAUGCACACCCUGACGUAUAAAACAACUGCCAGAACACCCAUUUCACCCUGAUCCAUGGACGAUCCCGCUUAUAUUCGAAGAAAAUUUGGUCUUUCCAGUGUUUGUUUUGAAUGACACGCGCAUUCAAAUCGAUGCUUUAUUAUGCAUACAUCUUCUUUCACUCCCA